AUGCGUGAAAAUGAUUUAAUUGAAUAUUUAACACAACGUGCUAUGGAAUAUACAUUUAUCUAUUUUCAAAAUUUUUUUCGUUAUUUUAAUCUUGAUACAAAUUGUGGUAAAAUAUUUUAUUGGAUGGGUUUAACAGAUGAAAAUAUUGUUAAAACAUUAAGUGAAAUAAAAACUUUUGUUAAUGAAUAUACACUUGAUGGAAUUUACAAUAAUUUUCUCAUGAGACUUCAUGAUACAUUAGUAAUGAAUGGUGGUCAUUCAAUUACUUCAUUGUUUACCAGCAACAUGAAUAAAGGAAAAUUUGAUGAAUAUAUAAUUCUUUACAUAAACAAAGAGCUUUUGGAAAAUAAACAGUCAAUUAAGAAUUUGAAAGAAAAGAUUUCAUUAAUUUCAAAAUCUAAUGAAGAUGUUUCAGAUUCUAAAAAGCAACAGAAUGCUUUAAAUACUAUGAGAACUGAAUUAUCUAAAUUAAAAGGUGUUAUGCUUGAUGAAAUGCGAGAAAAUAAAGAAAAUUAUUCAGCAUUUGAUUUUUUAAUUUCAAAUAAAUAUAUCACCAAUAUACCAACAUUGGAUUUUUCGUCAUAUACAGUUAAUGACGAUUUUAUUAAACAGUUGAUCAUCGAAAUGAAGAAUGAAUUAGAAAAAAGUGCACAUGGUGUAUCUGGUGCUGGUGGAGUCAUUUCUGAUCCAGAUGGAGUAAUUGGUUUAAGUGAAUGGUAUGAUAAUCCAGAUGGUUAA